GCCCCUCGCGGUGUAGGCGGGGUUUCCGAAUGGAUUUCAGAACUAGGGAUCCCCAGACUGGAGAUUUGUGAAGUAAUUGAAUUCAGAGGGGGGGAGAUAUCUGUUUUUUUUAAAGGGGAAUUUGGCACCUCUUAGUGGACACGAUACACAUCUCUUUUUUUCCUGUUUCAAAAAACAGUAUUUUAAACGCUAAAGUACAAAUCUGGUUAUUUAUUUAUUUAUUAUUUUAAUUAUGGAAGUGAAUUUAAUUUAACAAACUGCUACCUGGAAGAGCUUUGUGAAACGAGUCUGGUCAGCAUUUCUUUGACAAACUUGCAUCGAACGAAGAACCAGCUUGCAUUCCCUGCCCUCUCGCGGUGCGCAUGCGCAGUACCGCGCCGGCGUCUCAUCCCGACUCACACGACAUGGAGUCUUACGAUAUCAUCGCAAACCAGCCGGUUGUUAUCGAUAACGGGUCUGGUGUCAUAAAGGCUGGUUUUGCAGGGGACCAGAUUCCAAAGUACUGCUUUCCAAAUUAUGUUGGACGGCCAAAGCAUGUCCGUGUCAUGGCGGGUGCCCUGGAAGGGGAUCUUUUUAUUGGUCCAAAAGCCGAGGAGCACAGGGGCUUGCUAACAAUCCGUUACCCCAUGGAGCAUGGGAUAGUGAAGGACUGGAAUGACAUGGAGCGCAUCUGGCAGUAUGUUUAUUCCAAGGACCAGCUUCAGACUUUCUCUGAAGAGCACCCAGUGCUGCUGACAGAAGCCCCCCUAAAUCCACGGAAGAAUCGUGAACGUGCUGCAGAGGUCUUCUUCGAAACCUUCAAUGUUCCCGCGCUCUUCAUCUCAAUGCAGGCAGUGCUCAGUCUGUACGCCACUGGCCGGACGACAGGGGUGGUCCUAGACUCUGGGGACGGUGUGACCCAUGCAGUGCCCAUUUAUGAGGGCUUUGCCAUGCCCCACUCCAUCAUGAGGAUCGAUAUCGCUGGGCGCGAUGUCUCCCGCUACCUGCGUCUCUACCUGCGCAAGGAGGGCUACGACUUCCACACCUCCUCAGAGUUUGAGAUUGUAAAAACCAUCAAAGAGCGUGCCUGUUUCCUCUCCAUCAACCCCCAGAAGGAUGAAGCGCUGGACACAGAGAAAGUGCAGUAUACACUACCAGACGGCAGCACCAUUGAGAUCGGCCCGGCCCGGUUCCGUGCCCCUGAGCUGCUGUUCAGACCAGACCUGGUGGGAGAGGAGUGUGAGGGCAUCCAUGAGGUGCUGGUCUUUGCCAUCCAGAAAUCCGACCUGGACCUGCGGAGAACGCUCUUCUCAAACAUUGUACUGUCAGGGGGCUCCACGCUGUUCAGGGGAUUUGGAGAUCGACUGUUGAGCGAAGUGAAGAAGCUAGCACCAAAAGAUGUAAAAAUUAAAAUCUCUGCUCCUCAGGAGAGGUUAUAUUCUACCUGGAUUGGCGGCUCCAUCCUGGCCUCCCUGGACACCUUUAAGAAAAUGUGGGUCUCCAAGAAGGAGUACGAAGAAGACGGUGCCAGAGCCAUCCACAGGAAGACUUUCUAACCACCACUGGAGGGCGCCGUGUCUGCUCUGUGAACUGAUCCACUGCAAUGAGGAGCGUGCUGGUGUGUGUCUGUGUGCGAGGGGCAGGGGAGCUGCAGAGAUGGUGCAGGUGGAAAGCAACCAAACACAGAAAAGAAAGCCAGUGGCCAGCCCCUCUCCCCCAUUUCCAUCCCCUGUCCUGACUGAAGGACUUGCUUCUGAUCUGUGUCAGCCUUUACAGCCCCUCUCCCCCAUUUCCAUCCCCUGUCCUGACUGAAGGACUUGCUUCUGAUCUGUGUCAGCCUUUCCAGCCCCUCUCCCCCAUUUCCAUCCCCUGUCCUGACUGAAGGACUUGCUUCUGAUCUGUGUCAGCCUUUCCAGCCCCUCUCCCCCAUUUCCAUCCCCUGUCCUGACUGAAGGACUUGCUUCUGAUCUGUGUCAGCCUUUAAGCCCCUCUCCCCCAUUUCCAUCCCCUGUCCUGACUGAAGGACUUGCUUCUGAUCUGUGUCAGCCUUUCCAGCCCCUCUCCCCCAUUUCCAUCCCCUGUCCUGACUGAAGGACUUGCUUCUGAUCUGUGUCAGCCUUUCCAGCCCCUCUCCCCCAUUUCCAUCCCCUGUCCUGACUGAAGGACUUGCUUCUGAUCUGUGUCAGCCUUUCCAGCCCCUCUCCCCCAUUUCCAUCCCCUGUCCUGACUGAAGGACUUGCUUCUGAUCUGUGUCAGCCUUUCCAGCCCCUCUCCCCCAUUUCCAUCCCCUGUCCUGGCUAAAGGACUUGCUUCUGAUCUGUGUCAGCCUUUCCAGCCCCUCUCCCCCAUUUCCAUCCCCUGUCCUGACUGAAGGACUUGCUUCUGAUCUGUGUCAGCCUUUGCAGCCUCUUCAAGGUCUCGUUACUGCUGCUGUUUUAUUGUGUCUUUAGUGCUGAGCUGAGCAGCGGGAGACAGGAAUGAGUUUGAAGUGUGUGUCUUUGAAGUUGCGCUGCGACCAAAUUACUGAGUUAUUUUAACCAUUUGUCUUACAGCAUACCCCUGAUGUACCUGCGUGUGUACAUAUAGACAGCAUACCCCCGAUGUACCUGUGUGUGUACAUAUAGACAGCAUACCCCCGAUGUACCUGUGUGUGUACAUAUAGACAGCAUACCCCCGAUGUACCUGUGUGUGUACAUAUAGACAGCAUACCCCUGAUGUACCUGUGUGUGUACAUAUAGACAGCAUACCCCCGAUGUACCUGCGUGUGUACAUAUAGACAGCAUACCCCUGAUGUACCUGUGUGUGUACAUAUAGACAGCAUACCCCCGAUGUACCUGUGUGUGUGUGUACAUAUAGACAGCAUACCCCCGAUGUACCUAGAAAAUGUUUUGGUAAUGUCUAGCCAUUUUGUUCAGUGAUUCUGGACAGAUCCCAGCGAUCCCCAUCCUGUAUCCACUUGCUUAGUAAAUAUUAAACUGUAGUAUCAAGCUGUAGUGCAUUCACUGCUCAUCAGCUAUCAUUGGGAGUAUUGACCUCUUUGUGUUUGAUUUGUAUCCUAUGGAGUAUUAUUCCUGGAAUACAGUAUUCAUCAUUUUCUAUUUCUAUACUUUAAGUAUUGAAUAUAAAGAUUGUCAUUACAUAGCAGUGUGAGCCUUUACCAGCUUUAUUCUAGUCAUAGAGACACAUUCAAAUCAAGAGGGCCACACCUUCCAUUCAGGUGUGUGGCUCACAUAUUGUAAUGCCUUCCAUUCAGGUGUGUGUCUCACAUAUUGUAAUGCCUUCCAUUCAGGUGUGUGUCUCACAUAUUGUAAUGCCUUCCAUUCAUGUGUGUGGCUCACAUAUUGUAGGGCAGGCUCCCCCUCAAUCCAUGCCCAUCUGUGCCACUGCAGAUCUGCAGCCAGUCUGGAAGGGUCUGGAUUUAUUCCCAGUCCAGACCCCCCCCCCCCCAUGUACUGGAGGCUGGUAACUCAGUACACCCGACCUCAAAAGCUAGGCAAGGCUAAUGUACCAACUGCACUGUUUGACGAGGACACAGAGAGUCGUGGCGGUUUCACAAUGUGCACUGUGUGUUGACUUAUUUAUAUGUGUUUUUACAUUUUUGUAAGCCUUUCUUCUUUAAGUAUAGAGAUUAAGAGAUACAGUAGUUUGUUGACCAGCUUUUGAAGUUCUAGAUAAAUACAUUGGGAAAUUGUAUAAGAUAACGCAAGCACUGUCCAUAACAAGUAAUGGGUUGAACUCAUAUCUGCAGUCAGAUUAGUAUGGUUUCAGCUUUGUGAAUGAUUACUGUACAACAGUAGACAGAGUUUCUGAAGGUAAACGUCUGUGUUUUAUAAUACUGUCCGGUCUGUAGUGUGUGACCGAUAAUGGGGUUCUGUCAUCUUUAAUCUCUGUAUCGUUUUUAUUUGUAAGCACAAUUUUAAUAUUAUUUGUAUUAUUCCAUUGCUGGUUUAUUGUCUUGAUUUUGUGACACUAAUUUGUUUUUUACUUGUGAAUGGACCAAUAUUGUUUGCUUUUAUUUCAAAAUCCUCUGAAAUAAAUAUGACAAGCUGUGAA